CCUUCUAGAUACGUUUCAUUUUGCUGAGUCACCCUGUGUAGCGAGAAUAAAAUGAUAAUAUAAAAAAACAAAUAGGUAAACAUGAUAACGUCUACAUUAAGUUUCGCAAUGCAUAUACUUGUGGGCUCGUAUAAAGUGCUCGCCCCAUUAGGUCAGUUGUUGGAAUUAGUGCUGCCGUAUCGUACCAUGGCUAAAGCUGUCGCUGGGAAAAUCAAUUUCAAUACCAAGCAUCUGAAGCGAGGUGAUCCUCUACCCCCAUAUAAUGGAAAACUGCGAGUAUAUAAUAUGCGACUUUGCCCCUUUGCGCAACGCACUAUUCUGGCUCUAAACGCAAAAAACAUUGAUUAUGAAGUCGUUAAUAUCAAUUUAGCAGAUAAACCAGAAUGGUUGACCAGCAAGAGUGCUUUCGGAAAAGUGCCAUCUUUAGAAAUAAAAGAGGGUGUGUGUAUCUACGAGAGUCUUAUAACUGUGGAGUACCUAGACGAAGUCUACCCUCAAAGACAAUUACUGCCGAAAGACCCGUUAAGGAAAGCCUUUGACAAAAUUAUUGUUGAAGCCUCGGCACCGAUUGUAACAUUAUUUUUGAAAUCAGUAAAGGCCCCAGAUACAAUAACAGAGGACAAUAUUUCUGCGUUCUCCAAAACUUUGAAGUAUAUUCAAGAUCAGUUGAUAGAUCGUGGGACACCGUACUUAGGUGGCGACGAGCCUGGUUACGUCGAUUACAUGAUUUGGCCGUGGUUUGAGCGACUACUAGUUUUCAAGGAAGAUAAUCCCAAUUUGAAAAUUGAUUCAGAGAAGUUUAAAAUACUGACGGCGUAUCUGGACAAGAUGAAGAAAGACCCUGCAGUGUUCCCAUACUUGGUACCAGAUAAAGUCAUGUUAGCAUUCCACGAAUCAUUUAAAAGUGGUCCAAAUCCUAACUACGACGUUCUAGACUAAUAAUUGUAUUUUUAUAAAAGUUUAAAUCAACCAUGAAGGUAA